UUUUUCAAUUACCACAAUGAGCGUUUCAAGUCUUCGAGUCGGUCGGUUGGCGAGCACUACAGCGGCUCCGCCAGACACACCCACCCAGCAAGAACAAAACAUGUACGACGGAAACAAUGAAGACGAGCCCAUGAAUCGCCAAGAAGAAAGUGUGCGACAAAGCGCAUAUUCUGCAAAUUGCGAGGACGCGGAAGAAUCGAGCAACAACACCAGUGAUGACGACGAAGAAGAGAGCGAGACCAUGAGCUCCUCCUCCUCCUCCUCCUCCUCCUCUUCCGAAGAAGAUGACGAAAUCCCUACAAAUCUGUCCACGAUAAACACAAGCUGUAUAGAGGAAGCGCAGCUCUCGCCAGAUGGAACAUGCAUCUUCACCACCGACCACGCCCGCCGGUUCUCCGUCUACGCUAUGCCCACAACCACCACUACCGGCUCAAACCCUGCAAAUCUAAAACCCUACGCACAACUCCAAGCCACAGAUCCUAUCUGGGCGUUUGCUUCAAAUCCAUACUUCGACCUCUACGACAGCAGCACAACCACCGUCCUCCUCAGCCAACGAGACCACUACAUCACACUUCACAACGCGCUCUGGGAUAUCUCCAACACCUCCCCUACUCCUCCUCCUCAUGGCGGUCCAAUUAAUAUCUCACCUAUCCUCACCUCUUACAAACUUAUAAACUCGCUCACAGAAGCCUACAUCACCCCGCUAAGUCUCACAUACACACACAGCGGAACUCACUUCUACGCCGGCCACCAAAACACAAUCUCCAUCUUCGACGUCGGGGAGUCUUCCGCGCCCAUAUCGAAUAUCCCUACCAUCCCUUCAAAGCGCUCUAUUUUAAAGGGUGGAGGCGUAGGCUUCAAAGGACAUAUCACCUCCCUCUCCCUUUCCCCCUCGUCCCUGUACGCCCGCGAUGGGAUACUAGCCGCGGGAUCCCGCACACGCUGGAUCGGGCUGUACGAUUCACGCACCAGCGAAGCUGUGACUAGUUUCUCGCUCCCCGGCGGCUCGCGCUCUCAAGAAACCACCAGCGAAGCCGGAGGAGCCGGAGGAGGCGUAACACAGCUCAAAUGGAUGCCCGACGGCAACUAUCUCUGCAUCGCUGAGCGCCGCUCAGACACGCUUCUCUUCUACGAUGCUCGAAACUACAAAAUAGCGGUUUCAUGGUGUACAGAUCGUAAUGCCUUGACGAAUCAGAAAGUAGGGUUUGAUAUCUGGUCGCCCGAAGACUCCUCCAUUGUGGCCAAUAACGCGUUGGGCGCGGGCGGGAGACGAAGUGGUGAGGUGUGGGGUGGAGGGACAGAUGGCAGCGUGCGGGUCUGGACCGAGCCGUGGAAUAAAGAUGGGGCGAUGCAGCCGGACAGAGUAAUCGAUGUUGAUGGGGUUUUUGGAGAUGAUGUACAGAAAGAACGAUUACCCGUUGUUUCUUGCCUCCUGGGCCGAGGUGGAGGGAUGGCGGUUGUCGCGAGAGGGAGACGCGAGGGGAGUAAGUGGGGUGGAAAUAGUAGGAGUACGACUACGUCGCGUUCCCUCGAUCUCGGACGUCUCGAUGUUUUGAGUUUGGGCGGUGGGUGA